AUGAAUUACCUGUUUAAUGGGCAUAAACAAGUUUUGUUCUAUUCAUCAGUCAAACCUCCUUGGAUGGCCUUCAGAGUGGAACUGAGUAAACACCAGAAGGAAAUGCCCAAGACAUCAUUCAAUAAUGAAUCUAGUUUGAAAGAAUUGUCAGGAACGCCAAAUUUACUGAGUACAAGUGGCUCACAGCAGGCUCAGAAACCAGCGUCCCCUCCUGGAGAAGCAAGUACCUCUGGACAGCACUCUAGACUAAAACUGGAGCUCAGGAGGAAGGAGACUGAAGGAAAGAUGUAUAGCCUGAGAGAAAGAAAGGGUCAUGCGUACAAAGAGGUCAGCGAGCCGCAGGAUGAUGACUACCUCUAUUGUGAGAUGUGUCAGAACUUCUUCAUUGACAGCUGUGCUGCUCAUGGGCCCCCUAUAUUUGUAAAGGACAGUGCAGGGAACAAACAGCAUCCCAACCGUUCAGCCCUCAGUCUGCCCCCGGGGCUGAGAACUGGGCCAUCAGGCAUCCCUCAGGCUGGGCUUGGAGUAUGGAACGAGGCAUCUGAUCUGCCGCUGGGUCUGCACUUUGGCCCCUAUGAGGGCCAAAUUACAGGAGAGGCAGCCAACAAUGGAUACUCCUGGCUGAUCACCAAGGGGAGAAACUGCUAGGAGUAUGUGGAUGGAAGAGAUAAAUCCUGGGCCAACUGGAUGAGGUAUGUGAACUGUGCCUGGGAUGAUGAAGAGCAGAACCUGGUGGCCUUCCAGUACCACAGGCAGAUCUUCUAUAGAACCUGCCGAGUCAUUAGGCCAGGCUGGAACUGCUGGUCUGGUAUGGGGAUGAGUACGGCCAGGAACUGGGCAUCAAGUGGGGCAGCAAGUGGAAGAAAGAGCUCAUGGCCGGGAGAGAACCAAAGCCAGAGAUCUAUCCAUGUCCCUCAUGCUUGCUGGGAUUACAGGCUUGAGCCACCACGCCUGGCCAGUGUCUGACCUUUUCAAGUCAGAAAUUUCUCAGUCAACAUGUGGAACGCAAUCACUCCUCUCAGAACUUCCCAGGACCAUCUGCAAGAAAACUCCUCCAACCAGAGAACCGCUGCCCAGGGGAUCAGAAUCAGGAGCAGCAAUAUUCUGAUCUAUCCAGCUGUAAUGACAAAACCAAAGGUCAAGAGAUCAAAGAAAGGUCCAAACUCUUGA